UGGUAACACUUUUUUGAUUGUGUCAAAUGGAAAGUUUAUUUAUAUAUUUCUUUUCCGGUCAGCCAUUAAAGCUACAAAAUGAGGAAGAUUAUGAAAACGGGUAAAGUCGUAAUCGUCUUGGCUGGACGAUACGCAGGCAGAAAAGCUAUAAUCGUUAAAACAUUUGAUGAUGGCACAUCCGAUAAACAAUUUGGGCAUGCUUUGAUUGCUGGUAUUGAUAGAUAUCCACGUAAAGUUACAAAACGUAUGAACAAGAGUAAAUUGAAGAAGAAGUCAAAAAUCAAGCCUUUUAUAAAGGUUUUGAAUUACAACCAUCUUAUGCCCACAAGAUACACAGUAGAUAUUACUUUUGAAAAAAUUUCGGCAAAAGAUCUUAAAGAUCCAGUUAAAAGGAAAACACAUCGUUUCCAAACCAGAGUUAAAUUUGAGUCAAGAUAUAAAGCUGGAAAAAAUAAGUGGUUCUUCCAAAAAUUAAGGUUCUAAGAAAAUUUUUUUAAUUAGGAUUAAUAUGGAAGAAAAUAUAAUUUAAAUAACCGGCGAAAUAAAAGGAAGUUAAUUAUAA